ACGAUGAUUUACGCUUCGAAUUAUACGAUGACGAAAUCGAGUGGGAGUGGAGCGACGAGUACGUUGGUGAAUAAUGGCUGGGCGAUUGAGAGUGGGGGGGUUGGUGGGAGCUUGUUGAGUGCGGGGGCGACGAGUGGGGCGGGAAGGAUGAGGGUACCGGUUUCGGCUGGGCAUUUGUCCGCAGCAGUUGCUGGGCUUGGCGUUGCGGUGGUGCUGGCGCUCGUUGGAUGUCUGGUAUGAAGUGGAAGUUGAUGGACGAUUCAUUUAAGUGAAGAACUGGAGUGGAAUUUGAAGUGAUGUGCGUCUCACGGCUGGCCGUGAUCCACGCACCACAAAGAACGAGAAGGAAGAAAUCGAGCGGGGUUUUGCAUCUUUUAACUAGGUUUUCGUGUCACUGCUAUACCCAUACACAUACCAAUUCAUUGUCAUUAUUGUCAGUUGGUUGUAUCGACCGCGA